AUCCACCACAGAACUCUUGGAUUUGAUGCGCAAUGCUGAGUCAGCUGCUGAAGUUGAGAAUGGCUGGGACAGUGACAUGUCUGCCAUCUUGCUGCUGCUACAUUUGCUACCACCAUCUGCACAAGGUAGAAAGAGGCCGGGAAAGAUGUCUGCAUAUCAAGCUGUAGAUCAGCUCAUCAGAUUUCAAAAGGUUGGAACCAGUGUGCAGCAGCAUCUUGACAACAUCACCCAAAGCAGUCAGCCCUACCUUCUCGCCCAGGGAUCCACACAGAGCAGCAUUCACUCCUACUUCAUUGUGGUUGACAAGCAUGCUCUUCCAUGCAAGGCAACAGGUUCAGUAGGAGCUUUUGACGAAGUCUUUAAAGCCCAUUACGUAUUUGGUACGUCAUACAGUUCUUCCUUGAGCAGCUUUUUCACUUUUGUGCAAACAACCAUCUAUAACAUCGACAUGGGGGAAACAAAGGAGACUCCUAGAGUUGCUGAGUUGCGAGCAAGAAUGGUGCGUUAGUUGAGAUAAAACUAUGAAGUGUUUUCUUUGCAAAAGUGACCAUGGAAGUCCAAACAACCUUGUUAAGCACCUUAAGAUAAUUCAUGGGCUAUGUACAGGCAGGACUCUUUUUCUGAAAUGUGGUCAAGAAGGAUGCUCACGUUCUUUUGGUAGCUUUUCUGGUUUUAGAAAACAUCUUAACAAGUGCCACGGAGAAAGUUUAGUAGAUUCUAUAGAAGAUGAUCUUUCAGACCCUCAAAGUACCGUCAACACCAGUAAUAUUUCUCAUGUUGAAGUGUCGACUGAAUGUUUAGAGGCUGAGUCAGAGUUAUCUUCGCCAUACAUUGUAAAUAGUUGUGCAGCUGUUAUUUCUGAUCUAAAGGCAGCAGGUGUUGGUCAAAGUACAGUAAAUACUGUAGUGAUUUCCAUGGAAGAGAUUGUUCAAGAUAUUCAUCAGCAUGCUAAAGAAACAGUGAUAAAGCAUGUAUUUAGUAAUGAAAGAGAAACAGAAAUGUGCAAGAAAGUUGAGGCGUGUUUUGAGGGGUUAGAGAAUCCUUUCACAGUUCUAAAUUCGGAAUACAAGCGAUCAAAAUUUAUGACUGCCAAGUGGGAAAUAGUAGAACCAGUUGAAUGUGUGAUUGGUUCAAGAUUUGACACAAGACGAAAUAAAAAGACUGGAACAUAUGAUCAGGUAGUAGUUCAAGAUAAAUUCAUGUAUAUUCCAAUUUUAUCUACACUGCAGUCAAUAUUUAAAAGUCAGUAUUUUGCAGAAAUGUUGCAAAGCUCAGCUACCAGCAACUCUAGACUGAGAGAUAUUUGUGAUGGAUCUUUUUUUAAAAGUCACCCCCUGUUCUCAACUGAGAAGCAGACAAUACAGGUCCAGAUGUUCUAUGAUGAUUUUGAGGUCGCCAACCCAUUGGGUUCCAAGCGAGGUAUUCAUAAAUUGGGUGGAGUAUAUUUUACUUUAAGAAACUUCUCUCCAAAAUGGAAUUAUUUUGUGGCUAACAUACACCUGUGCGCCUUAUUUCAUACUCAAGAUGUUAAACGAUAUGGUUUUAGUGAAAUUUUUGCUCCCAUUGUUCGAGACAUUAAAGUGUUAGAGAGCGAUGGUAUUGAGAUUCCAUUAUACAGUGGUUAUGUACGUGGCACUGUAGUACAGGUAACAGGUGAUAAUUUGGGUUUGCAUAGUUUGUUUGGUCUGGUGGAGUCUUUCAGUGCAAGGUACUGUUGCAGGUUCUGUUUAGCAGAAAAGGAGGACUUUCAAACAGAAUUCUCUGAAGAUUCUUCCAAAAUAGUUUUACGCACCAAAGAUAUGCAUACUGCUCACUGUCAAGAAAUGGCUUGUAAUCCAUCCCUUCCGUAUGUUUUUGGUGUGAAAAGGUCAUGCAUAUUAAAUUCAUUGAGGUAUUUUCACACAACUGAGAACUUCUCAGUUGAUGUGAUGCAUGAUGUGUUAGAAGGGGGUUGGCCAGCGGUCCUGGAGUCUCUGGGCAUACUCCGGCCCCGGGGGAACAAGAGGGCUAUUCAGGGGCCGACCAAACGUCAUCUCUGCAGAGUAAAAGCCCUGAUGGAGGCGGCGGAGGGUUUUUGUGACCCCAAAGUGUCCAGUGUCCAGCCCCCCAUGACUGCUCUGGAGCACAGCCUCCCGCAGUGCUUUUGGGACCACCAGCUGCCACCUUUCCUCUCGCGUAGCUGGCUCCUUCCAUGUCCGCUGUAG